UGGCCGUAGCCACUAAACUUAAUAGCGAUAUGAAGAAAAUACAAGUUUUCGAUUGGUCAGUUGCGUCUCGUGUUUACAAACAGCUACUACGGUUUUGUGUUAAGAAAAUAUAACAUGUUGAUAUCAUAUUUAACAAAAUGCAAAACAAAACUAUAAGUGAAUUGGAAUUAACAGAAAAUGUUAACAAAGAUCAACACGCAUAUACAAACAAGAAGGAAGAUGUCGACAGAAAAGAAGAAGGCCAAGAACAAGUAUCAUGGUUGGAUAGAGUGAAAAUUAUUUUAAAGUUUUUUACGGUGGAACCGUUCUUACUAUGUUAUAUUAUGCCAAACGUGAUAUCAUCGCUAGCGGUCCAAAAACUUAACAUGGAGAAAGCAUGUAGGUCAGAUUUGAACUAUUCAGAAGAAAUAUGCUCUUUGGCAUUAAGCGGUGAAGUUUCUGAUAAUAUUACUGCAGCAGCCCUAAGUGGUGCACAAAAAAUGGUAGCAGAUAUGACGGCGUGGAAGCAACCCUUGCAGAGUGGAAUUCCCGCAAUAGUUAUUUUAUUUGUUGGAGCAUGGAGCGAUAAAACUGGAAACAGGAAAGCUCUUAUGCUUUGUCCAAUCAUAGGGGAACUGGUGUCUGCUAUAGGGUUACUUUUUGCUACGUACUUUUUUUUAGAAUGGCCAUUGUGGGCAACUGCACUAAUAGAAGCUCUUCCGUCUGCUUUCUCUGGAGGACUGUCGAUAGCUUUAAUGGGAUCUUAUAGUUAUAUAGCAGAUGUGACAACUGUUGAAUCUCGGACGUUUAGAAUUGGUGUUGUAGCUGUUAUAGUGACUCUGGGUAUACCGUUGGGGUCUUCUAUAUCUGGAGUAUUAACAGAAGCAGUGGGUUACUAUGGUAUAUUUGGCAUCGGAACAUUAUUGUAUGCGUUAGCGUUUCUUCAGACCUAUUUUAGAGUGCAUGAUGUUAGGCGAGUGGAGAUGGAAGGAACAUUCAAAGAAAAAAUAAUCCAGUUCUUCCAUCCUAAACACGUUUGGGAUACAAUUUCACUACUUUUCACCACCGCCAGAAUCCAGUUGAUCCAAAUUGUGCUUGUAAUUUGUGCUCAUAUUGUAAUCAUUGGACCAGUUUACGGAGAAUCAGGAGUAAUGUUUCUCUACACUUUAAAGAAGUAUAACAUGACUGUGGUCGAAUUUAGUUUGUUUAUGACGUAUUCUAUCCUUAUGGGUUUAGGAGGUACUGCAGUAGCGGUAACCGUUUUCAGUAAAUAUCUGAAAAUGCAUGAUGCUUUAAUAGGCGUCAUAGCGACGAUAUGCAAAGUUACGUCAAGUUUCGUAUAUUCUCUGGCACCAACAAAAGCUUGGUUCUACAGUGGUCCAGUAUUCGAUUUUUUUGGAAACUCAGGAACAACAGCUAUAAGAUCUUUGGGAACUAAAGUUGUUGAUCAAGAUAAAGUCGGUAAGAUGUGUUCUUUGAUCGGCUUCGUCGAGGCAAUAGUUCCCGUGAUUUACUCUCCUCUGUACAGCAAAGUGUACAGUGCCACACUUGAUACUUUCUCCGGAACAUUUUACCUGCUCGGUGGCUUUAUGACUGUGCCAGCAUUCUUUAUAUUCAUAGCCCUCUAUAGUAUACAAAGGCGUCAGGCGCGGGAUCAGGUGACGGAUCCAAACGCAAAGGAAAUGCAUGCCCACGACAAUGCCGCUACAGUACUUUAGAUUUUAGUAAACAUUAAAUUAGACUGCAGUAAAACUUUUAUUAAUAUAUAUUGUUGUCUCCGUUUUGUCAACGAGAAUGAAAGUAUUAU